CAGCACCACAAACAACCCCACGCCGAGAUUUCGCCUCUCCGCUGCGCCGACAGCGCGCGACCAAAGCGGCCCCACGGCCAUGCCCGGUGCGGCGUUAAAGUGCGGGACGACCGCUUGACAGGCCCGGGCGAGGUCUGAGCCGUCGCCGGGGUUGGGGAGGGGGUGGGUGGAAGCUGGGAGGGGAAAUACAUUUCUUCGUAUGGGAGCAGCAUGCGGGAAAUGGUUGGAGGUUGCUGCGUGUGUUCGGACGAGCGAGGCUGGGCGGAGAACCCGCUGGUUUACUGUGAUGGACACGGCUGCAGCGUCGCCGUUCACCAAGCAUGUUACGGCAUAGUCCAGGUUCCCACCGGUCCGUGGUUCUGUCGGAAGUGUGAAUCGCAGGAGAGGGCAGCCCGCGUGAGGUGCGAGCUGUGUCCCCACAAAGAUGGUGCCCUCAAGAGGACAGACAGUGGAGGCUGGGCGCACGUCGUGUGCGCGCUCUACAUCCCCGAGGUUCAGUUUGCCAACGUCCUCACUAUGGAGCCCAUCAUCCUGCAGUACGUCCCGCACGACCGAUACAUCAAGACCUGUUAUAUCUGUGAGGACCACGGGAGGGAGAGCAAGGCGGCCUGCGGAGCUUGCAUGACCUGCAACAGACAGGGCUGCAGACAGGCUUUCCAUGUCACCUGUGCUCAGAUGGCGGGUCUGCUGUGCGAGGAGGAAGGCCCAGAAGCUGACAAUGUGAAAUAUUGCGGCUACUGCAAGCACCACUACAACAAAAUGCAGAAGAAGUUGCGCUCCAGUGAAAACACAAGUAGCUCGUUCAGUCAUGCCCGGAGGCUGUCGAGCUCUCCACCACAAGACAAACAUCACCACCACAGACCGAGGAAGAGUCAUAAGGACAAGAUCCGGCAGAAAGAGCGGCACAAGAAGUCCUCUGACAGCCUGGGCUCAUCCGUGAUGACCAGCAGUAUAGAAAAGAUAUCCUCCAGUCACCACAACACCAAGGACGGUGAAGGAAAGUCCAAGAAGCUGAGCUCACACAGCCACAGUCAUCGCAGCAAGAAGACGGGAAGCACCGGCAAGAGCUGCUCCUCCUCCUCCUGCUCCUCCAGUCCAUUCAACACAGGUGGCUCGCUGACCUCCGCCCAGGAUUUCCACUCCUUCUCGUCGUCCGCGCGGCUGGAGCGCGAGCACGACCAAAGAGGUGACGACCACGGUGGCGAGGAGCGCCACAGGAGGCCGGCAGUCCAGGAGGAGGAGGGGAACAAAGAGGACGAUGAAAAGGAGGACAAAGAUGAGGAGGAGGAGGAGGAGGACAGUAAAUACCACAAGCCACCAGCUUUGACUCCUGCUGAUGGCCCGCUGGCAGGGUCACAGGGUCACGACCGGUCGGAGGGCAACUCGAGCCCUUUCGAGAACAAGGUCACCAUCUCCACCUUCGGGUCCAUCAUGCGCAUCACCUCUUCGUCGGGGCUGGGCAGCAGUAGCAAGAUCCGAAAGAUCUCCUCCUCCGGGGACUACAAGCCCUCCAAGAGUCUUUGUAAGCCGUCUCAACUCAGCACGCCGCCCAUCCUGGAGGAGGCGGCCCAGGAGGACAAAGCCACGCCCCCUCCGCUCCCCCGAGAGAGGAGGCACCGCGGCAACAAGAAGAGCAGCCACGGGCCAGGGCGCCCACGCGGCAGCAAGAACCGAGAGAGGAGGGAAGAGGAGCAUCACCACCACCGCGCGGCGCCGCCGCCACCUCCUCCUCCAGCAUUAACCUCCUCGCUCCACCCGAGCCCGUCCUCCGCCCCUCACCCCGCCUUCCCCUCUACGCUGCCUCCCACAGCCAUCUCCUCCUCCUCCUCUUCUUUCUCCUCCUCCGCCGGCGUUUUUUCCACAAGCCGUGGCAACUCUCUGCUCAGUUCUGGUAUCUACUCCAGUCUGAAGGACCCUCUUGCACUGGGCGUGGGUGUCUGCAGUACCUCUCUCUCCCUGGGUGGAGGGGUGUGUAACACCUCCUUGUCCCUGGGAGGGGGCAUGUGUAGCACCCCUCUGUCCUCGGGACUCUCACUUCCUUCAGUCAACGCGGUCUCAAGCACACAGGUCCAUCCGGGUUCCAGCACCAGCUACAGCCUGACCUCCACCCAGCCGUUCGCCGGGUGUCUCUCCACAGCCCCGACACUGCCGCCGCUACUGACCCAGGCCCAGACGUCACUGCCAGAGUCCGACCUCGAUGACUGUCGCUUCCCGUGUCAGGGGAUCUCGCCGAGAGAGAGUCUUUCUUCACAGUCUCCUAUGAGCUGUCUUCCUCUUCUGUUUGACCAAAGGGACGUGUUGAGUGCAGGAGUGCGAGCUCGCCCUGAGAACGUGCCUCCAGCCAGCUCCCACAUCGAGCUCCUGCUGGAGAAACACGGCAAUGGAGAGAUGGGAGUCAACAUUGUGGAGAUGCUCCAGUCGCUCCACUCCCUGCAGCAGGAGAACCAGCGCCUGCAGGACCAGAUCCUCGGCCUGACGGCCAAGAAAGAGCGGCUCCAGCUGCUCAACACGGACCUGGCCGUGUCUUUCCCUCCACACUUUCAUUCCGGCCACGGCCCCGUGCACACCUCAGCCCAGAUCAACUUCCUGUCAUCCAGCCACGACCUCCUGGGCACCAAUAAGAGUCCCCUGUCCAAAGGCUGCUUCAUGAAUGACACCUCCUUUGUUACCUCAUCUGAGGAGCUCCACUCUGCUAGUCCGUCCCGCAGCAGCUCCUCCCUCUCCUUCCAGAGUACUCCUCCUCCUCAACAGAGUCCCGCCUCCUUCGGCCAGCCCGUGCCGAACGGCCUGAGUCGAGGCUUCACUGAUGGCUUGGGCCCCUCCAAUCAGGCCGUCGGCUCCUCUUUGCCGGCGGUGGGCGGGUUCAUGUCGUCGCUGGCAGGAAGUCCUCAGCUGAAUAUGAACGGCGUGCUGGGCGGCCUGAACGGCGUGAUCCAGUCUCCUGUGCAGAACGCCCCUCAGCCCACCCUGCCUGCUUUGCGCCCCCAGCCUCCACCGCUCAACCCCCAGGCUCUGGCACAGGGCUUCCAGCUCCCCAAGGGUGUGAGCGCGACGUCUCUCCUGUCGGAGCAGCAGAAGCUGCUUCUUCUCGAGCAGCAGCAGCAGCAACAGCAGCAGCAGCUGCAACAUUUCCUCACCUCACAGAACUUCACUCCGGAGCAGCAGGUGAUGGUGUGCCAGAUGCUGCAGCAGCAGAGACAGAGGGAGCUGCAGCGCCUCACGCUGACGGGAGCGCUGGCCUCCAACCCGAACUCCCCCCUGAUCGCCCCGUCACCCACCCUGCUGUCCUCCGCCACGGCCUCCCCCCUGCAGGGCGGCCAGGGAGGCGGCCUCUUCGGCCUGCAGGACAAUGCACUGCACAAGCCCGGGGCGCCGGGAGAGAAGGGCGGAGACAAGAACGGGUGACGUUUCUCGAAAAUGAAGAAACGGUGCGCGGCAGCCUGCUUGAAGAACUACGGUCAUCUGACGUGACUCCUGGACGCGUCUCCUUCCUUUGUCAUCUUUAUAUUCCACCCUCUGGAAUGAAUGUAUAACAGGAUGGACUUAAACGUCGAGGUGAAGUUUUUCGUGUUCUUGGAAUUCUUCAAAUCAGAGGUUCUUCUCAUAGGUUUUUUUUUUUUAUGUAGGCAGCUUUCAGAGAGCAUGAAUACGGUGGUCUCUUCUUAAAUUGCACUAAUUUGUUAACCAGACCAACGGGGCUGCUUGUGGAGGCAGAGCCCGAGUUCCUGCUCAUCCCUGCAGGUGCUGUGGAGGAUUUGGGGUUAAAGAGUGAACUUGAGGUCAGAGCGGUUCUUCUACAGCACUGAGAGUUUCCCUUCUGUCAGUGAGACUCACAAACGUCUGGCACUUCUUGCAACCUUUAACUGUCUUCCUUGAUAUUGUGUCUUCCCUUUGUGUUCACCCCACCUAAAUCUUCAUCCAGAUCUUCUAAUAUGUUGCAGCCUCUCAAAGGCACUUACUAUGUAAAGGAUAAUUAUACUCAUUUCUGAUCUAUGGUUAGUGGCAUUUCAACUUUAAGCUAGUUAUUACCUCAGAUGUUUCUGCCACUUGUUAACAUUUCGUGCUCAGUUAUUACCGCAAUAGCCUUCACUGGAUAUAAAUGCCCACCAAAAAUGUCACUGUUAUCUGAAAGGUAAUAACCCCUGUAAAUGUAAAAAUAGCACUUAGCCAACGUGUCCAAAAUGGCGCCGUUCUCCACUAGAGCCUGGAUUCAACGCGGUGAAUCAUGUUGGGCUCCAGAUUUUAUUCAAAACCUCCCUGAGAGUUUCUAAAGAAUUGUAUAUCUUUCCCAGUUGCAAUCGAGAUUAAGCAGACGAAACCAAACAUUUGGAAAAUUGUAAGUAAGAAAUGAUUUUUUUUUUCUUAAACAAGUGUGCACUUUGCAUGUUAGUAGCUAACAAAGCAAAUUAGUCAUCAACACAGUACCUUUAUGAAGGAUGCUCGGUACCUACUAGCCCACUAGGGACUGACAGCUUUUUGAGUUAUGUGAAUAUUUUGCACUCCUCUUCCUGAAGUGUCCGUUUAUUAUGUUACUUCCAUGCAUAUAUAUUCCUUUCAUGUUCACUGACUAGUUCUUUUAGCAAUACUGGAUAGAUAAUGCCUUAAUGAUGCUAGAUUUACAGAGAAAACCACGAGCCCAAAGGCUUUUACUCUCUUGUCGUCUUUCUUUGAUAGUGUUUUUUAUCUCGGGGUACAAGGAGGGUGAAAAGACCUUUCCUAAAAACCUGUUUAUACUUUUGAUAGCUAAGCGAGGAUUUCAAAAGUGGAAUUGUGUGAAUAACCGUAUAGUGGUGACCGAAGUGUCAGAUCAUUUUAAAGUGGUCAUUUUUGUGCUGAGUUGCAAUGUCCUUUAGUUGUUUUGUGCUUCAGAGAAGUGAGUUACGGGGACUGAAGGAGAAGCUCCUGCACAGCAGGGGUCAUAGGAGACAGGAUGUUAACUGUUGUUCCGUCACAACGUUGUGCGAUGCAUAGUGUAGCUGUUAUCAGACGGUGAAUGGUCGGCGGCUUUACUGUCGACCUUCGCUGCAGGGCCGUGUGAGUCCGUUUAAUAACUGAAGCCAAUGUAGAGAUAAGCGUGUCUUUCUUUCCAGCUUCACUUCAUCAUACGAUGCCUCCGUUUGGCUCUGUUCUAUCAACGGAGGCUAUUCGCAAAGUAAGGGAUUACUUUUAUUAUAUUUUCUCCUGUGUUUCUCACUUGUUUGCAAUCUUGAACAUGAUCUCCCUUACAUGUGAUAUCUCGAGUGCUAGAUUAUUUUGUUUAGCAGCCACUGUAGACGUCAUAAAGGAACACUGUAGCAGUGACAAAAGGAGAAUGUUGAUCCUGUCCGUAGAGACGUGAGCCAACGCGUCGCAGGUCUGCAGUCGACCGAGUACGUCCUCAUUAGUCACCUCUCAAGUGAGGCAAAGUUCAGACACACAACCGUGUUCCAGAGAUUGUGGUGCAAGGGUUUUCUGAAGCGGUUUCUUUCUCAUGUUGCACUGGGGCGCUUUGGGCCCAAUUGUAAAAUCGUUUUUUAGUACCUUUUCAAUUCUGUUGGAAUAAGCAAUGUAUAUUUUAAUAUGUUUGUGUAGAAACACAUUCGUUCUUUUAAGCUUUUGAAGUUUGGGUAACUAAGAUAAUCCAUGUUCUGAAUGUCGUACUGUGUAUCUUUUUUUAUGUGUUACAACAUUUAAGCACCUGAUUCUGAAUGAGGUUUGAUGGAGAGGGAGUUACCUAUUGAGAUACGAAUUGCAUGAAAUGCAGUGACAUAUCUCAGAUGUGUUGCUAAGUACCAAGUAAUAACUAUGCAUAGUUUUGAAUGCAUUGUUUCCUGAAAAAAUGAAAUUAAAUGAAACGAGCACUGAAAUUUAAAAAAAGGACAAGCAUGUUGUUAUUGUACAGUGUAUUUGCUUGAGAGAAUUGAUCAAAACCAAUUUGACAUUAUUCAGAUUAAAAGCCCUGUAAAGUAUUUUGGAUAUUUUUGUGUGUAGAAUUAAAAAGACUGAGUUAAGACGAUUUUUUUUGUCAAUAAAUGUAUUUUACCGAGUUGUUUGACA